AUAAUUUCAGUAGUUUCUCUGGUAGCGGGUUGGUUAUUAUAACAUAUCGACGCCAUGUUUAACUGGAUUUUAUUUGUUGGAUUUUGUUCGGUGUUUUUAGAGUUCACCAAUGGCGACAUACCUUCUUAUAUUGGAAUAUGCGCAGUGGGCCCUGAAUUUAACGAAUGCGCCGUCAAAGUUGGCAACCAAGCGAUACCGUACAUUCUAAAGGGCGACAAGAAAUACAAAAUCCCUAAUAUGUUGCCCUUGCAGAUCUCAGAGGUGAAUGUUAACACCGGUCCGAAUUUGAAGUUGAAAAUCGUCAACUUGAAUAUUGUCGGUCUGGACACGGCCACUUUGGUGGAUGUUGGUGUUGAUACGGAGAAGCAGUCGAUGCUUAUAUCUUUAAAUAUCGAUAAAAUUAACUUAUUGGGAUCCUACGAAAUCGAUGGAAAAAUUUUGGUAUUACCUCUUACCGGUAAUGGAAGAUGUAAUAUUACCAUAGUGGAUGGGAAUUUCAAAUAUACAUUCAACUAUAAGUUAGAAUCUAGGAAUGGUGUGGAAUAUGCUGUGAUGUUACCAAAUGAUAACUUAGAUUUUGUUGUUAGAAGAGCGAUAUUUGACUUCGAUAAUUUGUUUAAUGGAAACAAGGAAAUGGGAGACCAAGUCAAUCAAUUUUUGAACGAUAAUCAACAGGACGUUGUUAAAGAACUAGGAGGUACAGUUAAAGGAACAAUUUCAGCUAUAAUCAGACAAGUGGCUGGAGAGAUCUUAGCAAAUAUACCAUUCAGAGAGCUUUUUAUUCAGGUUCCGUACCCAAUGGCCCCUUAUAUAAAACCAUGUAAAAUGUACGACGAUGCUUGCUCCCUUAAAUCUGGACAAGAUGCCAUACCAACUCUACUAAAAGGUGAUGAAAAGUACCAUUUACCAUCUUUGAUGCCACUGAAAUUGCCCAAAAUAGAAGUUGAAAGUGGUCCUAAUUUUAAACUAACCAUGACCGACAUCAUUGUCAAUGGAUUGGAUACGAUGGAAUUAGUGGAUUAUACACAUCAUCGUGAUGAACUAGCUUUCACGAUGCAUCUAAAAUCUAAGAGAUUGGAGGUUCUAGGAAAUUACGAGAUAAAUGGCAAAUUGUUAAUGAUGCCAAUUGAAGGCAGCGGUCCUAUAAAUGUGACAGUUGAAAACUCCGAUUUUGUUUAUACAUUCCACAUUGAAUUGUACGACCGGGAUGGAGAAACUUACUUUAAUAUUUUACCUAACGAUGAGCUAACCUCAAGUAGCGAACAUGCCUAUUUCCAUAUGGAGAAUUUGUUUAAUGGAAACAAGGAACUCGCUCCAUACAUUAAACCAUGCAAGAGAUACGACAGUCCAUGUGCUAUUAAAUCAGCAAACGAUGCCUUGCCUAGCAUAAUAAAAGGAGAUAGAAAAUACCGUGUCCCACCCAUGUUACCUCUGAGGGUUCCUAGAGUUGAUAUAGAUAGUGGACCUAACCUCAAGAUCAAACUCAGUAAUGUAGCACUAUAUGGCCUGGAUACAGUUAAAGUGGUAGAUUUUAUACAACACCGUAAUAAACAAACAUUUACUAUAAAAGUCCACUCUAAGCGUCUAGAGUUGCAAGGAACUUAUAAUGUUAAAGGAAGACUCUUAAUUCUGCCUAUUGAAGGAAAUGGACCAUUCGACGUAGUAACAGAAAAUUCGGAUGCUGUGCAUACAGUAAACUAUACACUAGUAAGAAAAAAAGGUGAAGAAUAUUUCCAUAUGGAACCAGAUGACGUACUAGACUUGAAAAUUGGACAAGCCAAGAUUAAACUGGACAAUUUGUUUAACGGAAAUAAGGAACUAGGCGACAACAUGAACAAAUUCUUAAACGAAAAUUUCAGAGAAGUCUACGAUGAAGUAGGUCAAUCAAUUACAAUGGCUAUGAGGAUCUUUGUGAGACAAAUAAUUGGUGAUAUUAGUUCUUUAGUGCCUUUUAAAGAAUUAUUCAUAGAUUAAUGUUUUAAACAUUAAAUUUAUUACAUGUUUCAACAUGCUUCCUUUAUUUUUUUCUGUGAAAUUAACUUUUAUUAUUACUUUAA